AUGGACUCGCCACAGCCCUCAGUCCCCGCCAAGGACGACGCACCUGAAGCAAACGACGCCGAGGCGUCCUCCUCCAAGGGCAAGGAGGUCGCGCCGUCAUCCAAUCGCCAGGAGCGGACCGACUCGCUGUCAAUAGGUGCUGCCGACUCACCAGUACCCAUCACGCCUGUCAAUCCUGCCGACGGGCCCGCAUGCAACAUCACCCUGCUCUUGCCCACCGGAGCGAGGCAUCCGUACAAGAUCGAUGACAGAUAUCUGACGAAGCGCAACGUCGACGUGCCCGAGAUGACAGAGAGUGGCAAGAAAGACCCGUUCAGCAUCAGCGUGUACAAGCUCAAGGAGCUGAUAUUGCGGGAGUGGCGCGAGGAAUGGGACGGCAAGCCAGCCAGCCCGAGCAGUAUACGACUGAUUCACUUUGGGAAACUGCUCGACGAUAAGGAACCGCUGAAAAAGUACCGCUUCAGCGCUGAAGCUCCCAACGUUGUCCACAUGUCUGUCAAACCGGCUGAGAUGCUGGAGGAGGACGAGGCCGGCAAAGGUAAAAGCAGCAGCGGAGGAGGCAGGAACAGCGAGGGCGGAUCAGGAUGCUGCGUUAUAUUAUAA